AAAACUAAAAAGUGAAAUAUGGAUAGAUGAAAUCAAUGAAACCACAGAGGUAAAACAUUAACCAUGGUUAAAUUAAACCGUAAAAAGGGUUUGAUUUUCUUAUAAGGCGGGAGUAUCUCUCUAUUUCUUUCCUUCAUUUAUUUCUCUCUUUCCAUUUUAGUUACCUCUGAAACCAUAAGAAAACCCUCAUUUCUUCUUCCUCAAAAUCAAAACCCUAAAAAUCUCUUCUCACUUUUCAACUUUUUGUUGGAAGAUCUAAUCGUUUUCUUAGAUCUUUCAGCUUAUUGUUACCACCACCAUGACCGAAAAGCGCGGGAGAGGAAAACCCCCCAAAAAAACUGAAAAAGAAGAUGAAGUAGAAGUGAUAGAGGUUGAAAAUGAAGAUCCGGCGACUGAAAAAUCUGCACUUUCUGAGUCGCAGAUUGCUAGGAACCGUCUUCGUGAGCGAUGGGAGUUAGCUUCUGUUCUUAAUUUCUUACAAGUUUUUAAGCCUGUUCUUGAGAUUGAUAUGGAAAUAUCAGCUGAAGAUAUUGAAACGGGUCUUAUUAGACCUAAUGAUAUUCUGUCUCAGCUUCAUAUUUCGCUAUUGAAGGGAAUACCACCGGUAAGCAAAACGUUGACUGAUCCCGAUGUAUGGGUUACAAUCCUCUGUAAGAAACUGGAUGAAUGGUGGCAAUGGGUGGCUGAAGGGAAGUUUCCACUUGGUGCAUUUCAUGGAGGGGAGGAGAUUUCUAGAUACAAAGACCUUGACCCUACAGUUCGUCUAGUUAUCCUGAAAGCGCUCUGUGAAGUCCGUGCUGAUCAAAAUGAUGCAUUGGAUUAUGUUCAUGACGCACUGAAAACUGGAACGGAGGUUUCUACUUUCCGUAAGGAUCAGAUAGGAGAAAAUGGAAAAGGAACUGCUUACUGGUACGAUGGAGAUUCAGUUAUUGGUUUUAGGUUAUACAAGGAAGUAACAAGGGUCAACUAUACUCCCAGAAAAGGAAAGGGACGCUUAGCACCACCACCAAACAGUUCUCAAUGGGAAACACUAGCGACCAACCUCGAGGAAUUUGGGAAAAUAUCAAGUGAACUCUCCUCUAGCAAGGUUCUGGUGGAAGCAGCUGUGGGAAAGGUUGUUGAGAACGAUAUCAUUCCUGUUCUUGUGAAACUUCAGAAGAAGAAAGAAAGGGCGUUGAAGCGCCAACAAACGCAAGUAAUGCUUCUGCAUGGUUUAUUAAAUUCUCAUCAUAUAGGGGCAAAUCGUCCCCAGCGAAACCGUAAACCAGUCAGUUACACAUUUGAUGACUAUGACCAAUCUAUUGAUGAAGCUCUACAGAUAGGGAGGACAAGCAAUAGACGUCGAGAGCAGAAAGAGGUUGAAAAGAAAGACGGUAGCCAAGAAGGCAAGCAGGGUUCUUCUAGUGACAGUUCUGCAAAAAGUAGUAGCCUCGUGGAAAAAGUUGGUGAUGUUGACGACAAAAAUGAUGAAGAGGGUAAUACUGAAGACGAGAACGAUAGCAUCAACGACAUUGAUGAUAAGUUUCAAGGAAGUGGUGGUGAGGAUGACAGUGAUGAUCACAACUACGAUGACAAAACUGACGAGGAGGAUAAUGAUGAAAAUGAAAACGACAAUGAUAAUGAAAGUGAUGAAAACUUCUGCGGUUCUGAAAAGGAAAAUAUUGGUCAUGAUGCGAGGACCCGUCUUAGAAAUCGUCCACAAAAAAGGAAAGGUCUAUCAGCAAAUGAUAUUGUAAGCUUACGCAGAAGUAAGAGAACAGCAAGGCAGACAAAUAUGGAGUCAGGAAAUCAUGUUAAUUCUAAGAGAACGUUGAGGUUAAGACACCCUGGUAAUACUAGGGACAAUCCUCAAGUUGUCUAGGACUCCGAAGAUGAGAACUCGUAAGGAAUUCAAUGAGCAUAGUUUUUUGGUGGUGAAAUUUGUCUCUCAGGCUAUCCUUUAUGGACCUAGGGUAGAGAGGAAGAAAAAGAGAAUAGAACUCGCAUCUGAUGAGUAAUUUUGAACUGCACCAAUUUGUCUUCCUUAAGUUUCUUAUUAUCACAGGGAAAAACCAAAGCAUUUCAGCAUAUUUUGCCUUUGUAAAUCCAUUGCCACGGUGGGCUUUUCAGCAUAUUUUGCUCGCUAGAAGUACUCUCUAAAUAGUUAGUUUUUUUUUUUUUUGGAGCCAUAAAAUAGUGAGAUCUGGCUUUUGGAAACUUAAAGCUCAAUUAUGAAGUUAAUAUUGAGAA